AUGCCAAAUGCUGCAACAGCAGCACGACGCGCCCGAAUAACAGCCAGCCACACCAACAACAGCAACAACAAUGCAACACUGACAGAGUCCACAGCUAAAUUGAAAACAUCUGCAGACGGUGGCGGCGGCGGCGACAACAGCAGCAGCAGCAACAAUGUAGCAGUCAACAAAUAUGAGAUACGCGGCGUUGCUGGUGAACCAAAUUACAAAUCGGUGAAUCUGACCUGGGAAGUUGAGUUCGUGACGUCGGCCCAUGACACAGAUACCAAGAGGAAUACCAAUUCGAAUACCAAUACGAAUAACAUUUCGAAUACGAAUACAAAUGCGCUUGUGGAUGGCGUGACAAAUAUGAGCGACGAUGUGGAACCACCCAAAGCAUUUCAGAUCUUCUACUGUGAAAUCCAGAACUAUGGAGCCCAACGCUGUCGCGUCAAGCUGGUGAAUGCCACGGCUGCCGUUGCCGUUGCCACCAACGAUCUGCUGCCCACACCAGGCGAUGAUCAUGUGGACACUCAAGUGCAACACUUUGCUGCCGCCGUAGAUAAUCUGCGAAUGGCGACCCGUUACAGCUUCCACAUACGUCCCAUGCCGUCGCAUCGACAGCGCAGCAGCAGCGCCCGCUCAGACUUCCGUGCGGAGGAGAACGAGAUCGAAGGUGGAGGCGAGAGCGGAGGUGCAGCUGCAGCUGCUGCUCAUCUGCCUGGCCAGAGCAUCGUUAUACCCACCAAGGGCUUCUCUGCCCAUGCCACACAAUGCUUGGCGCAUGCCUCCGAAAUUGAGGUGGAAACGGGUCCCUAUUUUGGCGGUCUCAUUGUUGUCGAUGGCGGCGACUGUGGCAUCAAGGGCAAUGCCAACGAUCCAGCCGACAAGUACACGAUGAGAAUCGACCACAAACAAUGCGGCAGCAUGGUCAAGCCGGAGACGAACACAGUGGAGACUUUCAUCACGGUCCAAGAGAAUUUGGGCAUUUUUACGCACAGCACGAGACGCUUUGUCGUCGUCUGCAGCUAUCAGUCGGGCAUGCAAACUGUGCGCGCCAGCUUCACCGUGCCCGGCAGGAAUAAAGCAGGCGUGGCAGCCGCUGUUGAGCCAUCAAGCGAUCCCUUCCAGCCGGACGAUGAGGAGCGACUGGGUCGUGAGAUGCGUAACAUGCGCUUCGUGGACAAAAGCGAACUGGUGCUCAAGGAAUCCGAUCAGGAAGAGUCCGUUGAAGAGCCAGCUUUCGUGCUGGAAACGCAACCACCAAAGUUGGCCAAGGAGCAGUCAACUCCAGUUGUGGAGGCGCUACAGCCACCAGCAGCUCAGAGUCGACAGCAGGGACGCGCCUUGACCCUGGCCAGCUUAAGUGAGCUGAACAACUUGGCGCUGCUGGAUGUGGAGGCGGAAGAGCAGGAGCUGAGCAGCAAGUAUGCCAAACUGGUUGUGGAUCAGAGGCCGGGUGGCGCCGCCUGGACGACAAAUGAUGCCAAUGAUGAUGAGUUUUAUGUCGCGCCGCUGCGUUAUAUAAGCGCCAAUCUGGGCAGUGUGCUGGUAACUGUUUCCAUAUCUGUGAUAAUCAUCAGCAUUUGCAUCGUUCUGCUGCAGCGACAUCGAUUCCCCAACAACAGCAACAGCAACAGCAACAACAACAGCAACUACAACAGCAACAGCAAGUUGCAUUCGCAUUUGGCUACAAUCAGCUGCCCCGCUGCCCAUCUGCCGCAUAAGACGCUGCCCCGUGCGCUUCAGCAGCAAUAUCAGUGCACCUUGUAAACCCAUCAACUCUACACUCAGAAAAAUUAAGGGCGUCAAGCAUUUGAAAGUAGACUAG